AUGCUGUCUGGACUCUGGACCCUUAUGGUAGACCUCGAGAGGGUUUCCGUUGUUUACAAAGCACCUUCAACACAUGGCGCACCAAACGGCUCAAGUCCCAGAUUUAUUAACGACCCUCAGUGUGGUUCGGAAGGGUUCACCACGUUCCUAGGUCGGCAAUUGCUAUCCAUCAUUCUUUACAACAACAACAACAACUCAAACUAUAUAGUUUUACAUCAUGAUUACAUCCUUUCUAAAUACACUUGCUACUUUACCCGUUAUGUCCGGACGAAUAGCUGUUGGGGACGUAAUCAUAAGCAGAAGCUGGAGGCAUCUGAGGAACAAGCAAGAUUCGGCGGCUGCAUCCCUUGGUUGGUCGCCCCUUCCCUUUCCCAAAACCAGCACUCCCACAUCUCACAACUGCUAGCACAUUAUUGCUUGUUUACUCGCGACAAACGUACGCUGGUCCGAGACCCGGAAACCUGUUAUGAUAUCCCACUAAAGGCUGAUGGUGUGAGCAAUCAGGACAACGAUAAUUAG